UCUUCAUCUUGUAUUUCUUUAUUAAAUCUCCUCUCUUAUCUCCGUUUCGCACCCUCUCCUCCUGUUCCUGCCUCCCUCUUCGUCCCUCUCUCCCCAACCCCAGGCUCCUCCUCGUCACCUCCGUCCUUCCCAGAGGGCUUCCGGGUAUCGUUCCCAUCCCGGACCAACUACAUGUAUGCCCGGGUAAGGGCCAGCCUGCCCCAGCUGAGGGCCAUCACCGCCUGCAUGUGGCUGCGCUCCACGGAGGAGAGGGGGCCCGCGGGCACCCCACUGUCCUACGCUGUCCCAGGGCAGCCCAACGAGCUGGUGCUCCUACAGGGUCCCCGCUCGGCCCUCGAGCUGCUCAUCAACGACAAGGUGGCCCAGCUGCCGUUGAACCUUACCCGAGGCAGCUGGCAGCACAUGUGUGUGAGCUGGAGCCAGAAGGGCGGAGCUUGGCAGGCCUACCAGGGAGGGAGGCUGAAGGGGGAGGGGCACGGCCUGGCACCUGGACAUCACCUCCGGGCCGGGGGGCAGCUGGUCCUGGGGCAGGAGCAGGACUCGCUGGGCGGGGGUUUUGACUCAACCCAGGCGCUGGUGGGGGAGCUGGCCCAGGUGGGCCUUUGGGACCGUGUGCUCACCCCUGUCCAGGUGGCGGGUCUGGCCCGCUGUGGGCGUGUGGCGCAGGGCAGCCUGACCAGCUGGACGGAGAGGGAGGUGGAGGUCCAUGGAGGAGCCACCAAACACCCCGGGGAGCCCUGCAGUAAACAUAGCCGGAGCUCCCAGUGAGCCGGAGGGGGAAGACCAGAACCAUGUGUAGGGGAAAGGUGUUGCCACGUGUUUCAUUAGCCCCCCGCCCCCCCUCCCAGUGUGAGAAGAGAAAAAGUCCCACCUCCCAGUGUGUUAUUGAAAGAUAAACUUAACAAAAUAAUUUCAUCUCGAGCCAUAGAUGGAAGAAUGGUUAAAAAUAAUUACUGGCUCGUCUGAUCUCUGCUUGGGUCUUGUAGUGUAACAGUUACAGGAAUUAUUAUGAUUAGGGCAUCCUCGUACUGUGAACCUAUUGGACAAAGGGUUUGUCUGUUCAAUUCUGCUGGGAGCCUUUUGGAUAGAAAGUUUGUAAUUCCUAUCACACUGGGAGCCUACUGGACACAGAUCUUGUCUAUCAAAUCAUGCUGUGAGUUUAUUCGACACAAGAAAGGCCAUUUAAGUAUGGCUGAGCUAGCUUAAAAAAACAAGGGCUAAAGCACAGUGUGAGUGUUAGCCAUUUAACAAAUCACCCACAUGUACACACUAACACACAAACACACACAAAGAAUUAGCAUUGUGCUAGUUCCCAGGCUGGACUUCACUUCACCUUCCCAUGUCGGAGGCGCAGCAGAGAUGAAGGGGUUUCGUGAAGGAGGUAUGUGGGUAUUGCAUAUUGAUGGUGGGGAGAGGGAGAGCCAAUAGUGGGAGAGAGGGAGGUUGUAAUUCAAGGAGAGAAUAGCCGUUAUUCAUGUGAGAAUACGAUGAGAAGCAAAGAACAGCGUGAGAGUUUUUCACAAAGAUAAGCCAAAAAGACGGGAGAGGAGGUGGUGUAGGAGAAGGAGAAGAAGAGGAAGAGUAGGAGGAGGAGGAGGAAAGGUUAUGGUAUAAAUAUAUGGAUUCAGUUGGUAGCUGGCUGACUAGUAGACUUAAAAAAAAAAAGAAUCUCUAUUUGUUUUCCAUUUUUGCCCAGUAUAUUUAGACAUGUGUCAUGAUUGCCCCUCCAUAUCUUUCUGCUAUUAUGGCGAGGGCUAGUAUUUGGCCCAAUUUUGCAAUUAGUGUCUCAAUCUAAAAUAAGACUUAGUGAUUUGUGCUGCCUAUGAGGCCGCUAGUUGCAGAAUGGAGAGGUAGUGGUCUUGCCAGGUCUCAGCACCACACACUAACUGGAAAGAAGGACUUGAAGUGUGAGGUUAUUACACUCCUCUUCGAGGCAAACAAAAGUAUACUAUACAAUUAUUUUCAUAUGUAUAUUAGACAGCAAAUCCAAUAAGUUCAAUAUAAUCAUCAAUUUGCCAUAUUCAUUCCGAAACUAUGGAACACGAAAUUUUGCGCUUGAAUGAAAACCAACCGACUUCAACACAUUCCACCUGUUUUUGAAACACACUGCAAUGUUUCUGAUUUUUGUUUUGUAUAGUAAUUCAUUCGUUUUUCGGUCAAUUAUUGAACGGUACAGCAUCCUCCUGUGCUUCAAAUGCAACCACCAAAUCUCUUUGUUAACACUUUUCUAACCAGUUUUUCUGUUUUAUUUGAAGGCUUCUGCUGUCUUGUGUGUGAGGAAAAGUGCCUGUUAGGGUAUUCACAGCCAUGUACAAAUUCACAUUGCAUACAAUCUGAUUUAUUUUUGCUGCUGGACAAACCCACACUGCUAUUCACGAUAUUUUCUGACUAAUUAACCACCAGUAAGGCUAUCUCGGGGGAAUAAAAAAAGAAAAUGACUCCUAGAUUUGCAAAGUGGCAAGGUACUGUUACAGCUGCAACUGGUGCCUAAUGAGUGAGUCCACAUACGUUGUUUAGCAUGUACUUGUACUCCUGAGUGCGUUUUGCACUGUGCUUUGUUGUUAAUACGACUGUUUUGUUCGGUAUGUAUCCUGCUUUUUCCUUAGGGCUUUAAAUGCAGCGGUGUUACUUUGAGGACUAGCUGUCCAGUUUUUAUUAUCAAUAUAGACUUUUUUUUUUACAAGUUUGCAUCAGUAUGUGAUUAUUUCUAUCUUUGUUUGUAAAUGAUGCUACUAUGUCAGUGUCCCGUGGCUUUGUUGUGUACUGUUUGCCGUAUAAAAUGCAUUGAUGAUGAUGUAUUUCUCACAAUCCAGACAAAUAAAGUUUGGAUUUUAAAU